AUGUCAUCGCAAAUGCCAAAUCAACCUCGUCCCCGGACAUACAUCCUGGGCCGGAGGUUCCGCACGAGGCCUCGUGAUCAGGCUGUGGGUGUGAUGGUCCAGAAAAGAGAAUUCUUUCCCAUGCCUCACAUCGGAUGGAAUACCGGUCGUCCAACGGCGACGCCGAGGACAAUCUUUGGCUUUCGUACCCCACCGGUCAUUCCUGCUCUGUGGCACAGUCUGACAAUGACUCCACCGGGCGGUUUCGUCAUGCGUAACUUUCGCCGUGUGAAAGGUGUCUUUAACAACUUCCGUGACCUCUGGAACGACUUCUGUCUGUGGUCGAGCCAUCGCCAGUUCCGCGAGCUAGAACCACGACCUUUCGUCUUUUCUGAAAGGGAUCAAAAGCAUUGGAGGGGUUUGAAGGCAGGACAGUACCAAAUUGCGUACCAGGAUCCCUCUGCAGAUCCAAAGUGGAGGAUGAAGCAGAUCAUCGAGGUCAAGGACUACAGCGACUUGGAUCACGCAUUUCACGUGUACUGUGCCAACAUGACUUGGACAUGGAGAAAUAGAGAAUUCGGGUCGGAUGACUGGAAAUUUCACAUGCCACAUCGACCCGGGUAUUUCAUUCCGACGGUCGACGAGCCUCUCUGGUAA